AUGGAAUGCAAUAAAGAGGAUGCCAUGAAGGCUAAAGAGCUUGCUGAGAAGAAGAUUUUAGAGAUAGAUCUUGCUGCAACUAUCGAGGUUUAUGUCUCUGCUGAAAGAAGAAUAAAUGGGGAAGUUGAUUGGUAUAGGGUUCUUGGAGUGGACCCAAUGGUUGAUGAUGAAACUAUUCGAAGACAUUACAGGAAACUGUGCAGUUCAUCAUGCACGCAUGAAGAAACACCGUAUGGGAAGCCUUCUGUACCAGCUGGUGGAAAUGGUUUCUAUAAUUCCUUCCAUAGUGCUAAUUGGAGAGAUCGAGACCCUAGGAGUUUUGCUCAUCCCAAUCCUCCUCAUAUACCUCCUGUGACCCCAAAGCAAACAUUUUGGACCAUGUGCAGUUUUUGCAGGGCACAGUUUGAGUACCCUUCAGCCUAUCUUAACUGCAAUCUUGCAUACAUGUUCUGUCGUAGGCUCUUUGUAGCUAUUGAGGUACCGACCCCAUCUAUACACAGUAAUACUUCAUCCACCUCAACAGGAAGAAUAAAGAAAACUCCUGCCAAGAACUUAUCAAAAAGACUGCAUAGAUCGAGUCCUUUCUCCUUGCCAAGUGGUAUUUCUAGUGUACCAACACCAACUUCAUUUUCUGGCACAGUUUCUAAUGGUCUCAGGGUAUCAUCUCAGAAUUUGAAGAGAGGGCGUGAGGAUAAAACACCUCCUGUCGUGAUGGAGGAGGCCUAUUGUGGGAAAACUCAAGCUGUUAAUACAUCCGAUGCUGGUUCAGCUUUUCAAUCCUCUUGUUUUGGCUCCAAUUCCAUUCUAAAAAGAGACAGGCCAAGGAAAAAAAAAGGCACAUAG